GCAAGCUGGAGACUGGAAGGAUGCAUAUAACACUGUGUGACUAUAAUCCGCCCUGGGAGGACUUGAGUGCCGCACAAAAGAACAGCUUGACUCGCCUCUACAAAAGUGGCUGCGAUUGCAAGAUCAUCCCCUGCACUUCCCUCCCCUGUCCGGUCAGCACCUCUGAUGCAUGCCUGUGGACAGACUUGGGAACUGACAAUGGCCAAAACCUUGCCUGUAUCAAGAGGCGAGAUGGGUCCUGUGCCUGGUACAAGGGGCUAGCACUACCCAAGAAGUAGUUCCGGGAUAUUGGAGACUCCUAAACUCUACAGACCUUCCACUCACUGUUCAGAGUGACUAAAGAUGUCUGCAAUUAAUACGAGAACACAGCUACAAAUGCAAAUUGUUGUGAUUUUUAAAUUGCUUACUGGUCACUUCUACAAGUGCAAUUUAAAAUAAACAUCAAGCACUCAAGGUAA